AUGACCGAGGACCUGAAACUGAUCGUCGUUGAGCUCAAUAAGCUGCUCGAAACGGAGUACAAUCUGAUAACGUUCGACUCGCUGUCGCCGGAGUCGUUGCUCCAAGUGCUGGUCGAUGUGUUUCACGCGUUCGGGGCCAUCGAGAAGCUGGACGUGCGGGAAGCCGAUCCGGAGGACACGAACGUACAGGUGAUGGAGGCCCUGCGGAAAGUGCAGUACCGACCGUCGGCGGACAUCGACGACCCCGGCGCUUUCCGGCGGGGCCUGGUCCGGGGCGAGAAGAAGCUGAUCCACCCGAUCCUGCGCUGGGUGCUGGAGAACCGGGAGCGUGUCAAGAAGGCGUCGUAUCUGGCUCGGUUCUUGAUUCCGCUCGAGCUGGCCCCGGAAGCGAUGUCGAUGCCGGAGCUGGGCAGCCUGUGGGCGCAGUACCUGCAGACGAUGGACGACUUCAAGGAGGCGCACCGAGCCCACUGCCAGUCGGUGGACGAGGGUGCGCAAACGCGCGAACUACGCAACGACAUCAGCGCCAUCGAGACGGAGAUCGAGAACGUGAAGAAGCGCAUCGAGCGAACGCAGGCUCGGCUCGAUAAGGUGCCGCAGCAGGAGCUCCUACUGGAAGCGGCCAACGCGCUACGGAUCGAGAAGGAGCGCCAACGGGAACUGCUGCAACAGAUCGACGACCAGCGUCAGGGACUGAACCGGGCCAACAUGCUGCACGAACGGCUCCAGAAGGAGCUGCACAACGCGCGGAUGGCCGUGCAGGGGGCCACUCCGCAGAACCUGAUGGAGAGCAUCGUCGAGGAGACGCAGGUGCUGGAGUUCAUGGUGCAGCAGAAGCUACCGCAGGAACUGCGCCAGCGGCGCUCGGAGGUACAGACGCUCCAGGAGGUGAUCGACGAGCCGAGCAUCGGGCGGGCCGAUCUGCAGGAGUUGCAGUCGAAAAUCGACGACGUGGGCCGCGAAAUCCAGAAGCUGGUGGAGGCCCGCAUGACGGAGUACAGCACGCAGGCCGAUUCGCUCGGCCCGUUCCGGCAGCAGGCGGCAAUGGUCGCCCGCAACAAGGAAGCGGCCGCCGAGCUGCUCGACCAGACGACGAAGGAACUGCAUGAGGUGGAGGAGCGGCUGCAGGAGAGACAGCGCAAGCUGCAGGACACAGUCGGCGAGGUGAUACUGCGCGGCGAGGAGUUGAAGCAGUUCGUGAGCACCCUGCGCGCCAAGAGCAACGUUUACAAGCAGCAGCGGGCCGAGCUGGCCACCGUGAAGGCGGAAGUGAACGACUUGACGCAGACCCUCGAGAACCUCAAGUCGCAGGAUCCGUCGCUGUCGGGCGUGCUGUCGCAGCUGACGGCGGAAGAAAGCGCGGCCCCGGCCGGCGAGCCGGGUCGGCCGGAGUCGCCGACGGUGUCGCGCGGUAUGACGGAGUUGGCACGGCUCGUCGACGGACUCCAGCGGGCCGUCGCCGGGGGCCGCGAACGGGUGACACCCCUGUCGCAGCAACUUCGCCCGCUCCGGGAGCGCGUGAUUGAGCUGAAAGACGAGAUGGACUCCAAGAAACAGAGCUACGAUGCGCUGCUGGCCACGCUGAAUGCCGAGUCGGCCACGAUGCAGUCGAAGAUUACGGAAACGGAACGGACGAUCCGCACGCUGGAACAGCAGUGGCAGGAGCUGCAACUGGAGCACGAGCGGUCCCAGCUUCUGCUGGAGAAGGCGAACGAAGAGACGCUCACCCGCGACGACAUCGGCGAGGGGCGCGUUUCGCUGAAGGAAACGCUUUCGCAGCAGAUUUUCGAACAGGAAUCGAUCGGAAAGCGGCUGUCGGAGGAAAAGGCCAAGCUGGCCGCCAGCAAGACGGAUCGCGCCCAGCAGCUGGAGAUGUGGACCGACUUGCGGAGGCUGUUUGAGGUUAAGAUUCGCUGUUUGCACGAGGGCAAGCAGCGUGGACCGGGCGGGACACUCUCGGUGAGCCGAGGCGGCGCGGAAACGUUCACUUUGCAGUAG